CCAUAUUAUUAUUAUUAUUAUAUUUAUUAUUAUUAUUAUUAUUAUUAUUAUUAUUAUUAUUAAAAGCACAAGCACUUUUCACUAUUCAUUAAGAAAAAAAUAGGCUAUUUUCUCCACGGGUACUAUUUCAAUAGGGUUUUAUCCAAUAUACCCAAUUUUACAAUAAGCCCCUUUUUCUCCUUUACUGCAAUAUUAUUCAUAUGAGUUUUAUUCCCUACAAUCACUUCUACCAUUAGUCUAAAAUUAUAAGCAAUUAUUAUUAGAGCUAAUACCAUUAGAAAACCCGAACUAUUAAGAAACUGUCAUUUGUGUCCCAAAGUAUCACAUAUGACAUUUGUGUCAUAAACUAUUUUUCCGUUAGAGUUUAUUGGCGUUGACCGUUAGUUUUUAACAUAAAAGCCUAGUCAGCCGCUGAUGUGGCAUCUAACGUGGAAUUUUAAUAUUUAUUUUUAUUUACUUUUCCAUCUAAUAAAAAAUUAUAAUAAAAAUUAAAAAAAUCAUACCUCUCACGGUCCCCUUCUUCGCCUCCAACCUCUCCCCUUUCUCCUUCCUCUGCAAUCACCACUAUCGUGCCAAAUCUGCACGUCGUUGUUGGAGUUCCAAUAGUUGCCGAGGCUGUGCUCGAGCUCUGAUCGCCGCCGUCCAGGUCACAAUCAUGGAGUGCCACCGUCACCAUUCACAACACUCACGCAUAGCGACCAAGUUUGUAGUUUCCCUCGAUUCCGGUCACAACCUUGGAGCGUCGCCGUCACGAUCCACAACCAUCAAACGCUCUGCAAGCGGAAGCGACAAAACAUAUUGAACCCACAAAAUCGAAGGAAUCCCCCGCGACUUUGAGCUCAAUCGGAGGACCCCCUUUGCACGUUUGCCCAAAAUUUGCAUCUCCAGAAAUUAGUGGAUCAGAAAUUAGGUUUUGAGGUAUUCUGCAGACGAUGUCGUGAAACCACCAUUCCCCUUCCCCUCAUCAUGUCGAGAAAAGAGAAGAGAGUGAAAGACACCAUUCCCCUUCCUCUUAAUAGGUCGAGAGUUAGGAGAAGAAGGGGAUUGAUGAGGCUACUGUUAGAGGAUGAAUGGGGUCGGCAGGGAGUUGGAUGCUAAUCAGGCGCAUAUCCACUUCAACGUCGACGUGAUUGAAGACGACCUGAUGGCUUAUGGCCUGAUGAAGGAGGCACUGAUGGGAGCCUCAGUUCCUUCUUCCUCGCGUCUCUUCAACACAGUCGCCGUCCGGAUUCAAUGUCGUGAUUCGAAGGGUCGGAUUCGGCGGAGGAUGGUGGAAGUGCUGGGGAAGAAGAUUUUUGUUAAGAAAUUUGUUUUACUUAUUUUUUAAUUUUUUUUCAUAAAUAAUCUUAUGUGUCAGCUGACGUUGCCAUCACAUAUGUGCCACGUCACCAACGGUCAACAUUUCACUGAUGACCGUUAGGUCAACCGUUAUCUUUAACGGUUAACAAAAUUGCUAGGACAUAAAUGACAUACAACAACCAUACCUCAUGACACAAAUGUCAUAUUGAAUAGUUCGGGACACAAAUGACACAUUGUUGAUAGUUUGGGUUUCCUAGUGGUAUUAGCCCUUAUUAUUAGACCACAUAUUAUGAAAUAUUUAUGUAACGUCAUUCAAUAAAAGUUAUAUAAAUUAUAAAUUAAGAAUUCGUCAAAGUUACUUACUAUAACUUGAUUAUACUAUUAGGCCACACAUUAUGAAAAUUUAUGUAAUAAUGUUUUAUAACUGUUACAUGAGUUUUCCUUAAUAAUUAAGAGACAAACAACAAUGUAGGAGAUGUGUUUGUAUUGUUGUGGUUUGCGAAGAGACAAAAGAGAUGUGUUGAGUUGGGGGAGAAAUGUUUUCUUGCUCGUUAUAUGCAUAAGAUUGCAUCUCUAGGCGUUUUAGGGAUAAGGGAUUCAAAAACUGUUAUAAAAGGUAAUGUUUGCACUUUGUUAAAAAUUGAUUUAGUUAGACUUUAAGAUUAAUUGGUGAAGUUGUGAAUUUUACUCGAUGUCUUUUGUACUUUGGUUUCUCAUAUUCGGUUAGUUAGUAUUUGGCUCAUUGCUAUUUUGUUUAAUUCGGGCAUUUGUCCAAAUUAAACAAUGUGGUAUGAUCUCCGGUUUGGGUUUUCAGUAACUGAUAACCACUAACCAUGAUAAAAUAAGUACUUAAAGAUAUAUAUGUGUAAAGGCCGGUCUAAACACAUUGUUACUGGCUGACCGUUCUCUUGAAAUCAAUUUGGCCCUUAAGAAUAUACUAGAAUGGAAGUCCGUGCUUCGCGGCUGGAUAAUCAGUUUACAUGAAAUGCAAUUUAAGAAAACAUGAAUGCUCUAUAUUAGAGGGAGGAUCUGCUAAACGAUAAGCAAAGUUUAGUGCACCCGUUAUUGUUCAAGGCAAGAUCCGCUAAAUAUUAGAGAGAGUAGCACCACAUCCGAUUCACUCUAACAUGCUCUUAUAUAGUGCAAAUAAAGUUAUUUGACAUAUUCAAGAGAAAUUUAAGAGAAAAUCAACAUUCCCUUAUGAUGGCAAACCUUAAAUUAUCAAGUAGACGUAAAUUAUCUGUAAUUUAUGAGAAAUGAGUUUGCAAGUAAAUCCCUGAAUUUCAUCUUCCACAUGAGAAAUUGGAAAUAACGAUUCAUGAAUAUUAUUUGCACAAUGUUGGAUUAACUGCAAAUGUGAUUCAUGAAUUGUUAUUUCCACAGGUGACCGUAAGCCCUUGCAAAUAACAAAAACAUUCAUAGACUUGAUCUCAUCUCAGCAUUAGAGGCACAUAAGGUAUCUAAAAGAAAUUGGUUGACCCAUUGGACAUAGUUGUACAUAAUCAAAUCUAGAGCUUACUCCACACCACCUACAACAGUAGUAGUAUUAAAAAGUGCAGUAGCACGAAAAAGUGGAGUAGCGGUAGCUGAAACACAAAAAAAGUUAGGAAGAGAAGAAUUCUGAAUCAGGUCACCAACACAAAUAGAAUAACUACAUAAGGGAACACAAUAGCAGCCAACAACAUUAGAAUCGCAGUACACACGAACAGGUGUACACACGAAACAGUAGAGGCAAGCAAGGUGAAUUUUUUUUAAAUGUCAAAUCGAGUUAAGAGUAGCAGGACUGUAGAUGAGUCAAAACACAUAUACUAGGUCUAAAAUUUGGCAACACCGAUACCAGUCGAAUUACAAAUGGAAUAAAAUUCAUCCCCGACCCAAAAGUGGUCAAUAUAGGUUCAACUCGCUU